CGGAGGGACCGGGUUUAAUUUACUGUUUAUUCCGUUCGCACGGUUUUACCCCCGCAGCACGAACCGGACAACAUGCGAGAGAUCGUUCACCUGCAGGCGGGACAGUGCGGGAACCAGAUCGGAGCCAAGUUCUGGGAGGUGAUCAGCGAUGAACACGGCAUCGAUCCCACUGGAACCUAUCAUGGAGACAGCGACCUGCAGUUGGACCGCAUCAGCGUCUACUACAACGAAGCCACAGGAGGGAAGUAUGUUCCUCGAGCCAUCUUGGUGGAUCUGGAACCAGGAACCAUGGACUCGGUUCGUUCUGGACCUUUUGGGCAGAUCUUCAGACCCGACAACUUUGUCUUUGGCCAGAGUGGUGCUGGGAAUAACUGGGCCAAGGGCCACUACACAGAGGGAGCUGAGUUAGUGGACUCAGUCCUGGAUGUGGUGCGUAAGGAGGCGGAGAGCUGCGACUGUCUCCAGGGUUUCCAGCUCACCCACUCUCUGGGCGGCGGCACCGGCUCAGGCAUGGGCACCCUGCUCAUCAGCAAGAUUCGUGAAGAAUAUCCGGACCGCAUCAUGAACACUUUCAGCGUGGUGCCCUCACCCAAAGUGUCCGACACCGUGGUGGAGCCCUAUAAUGCCACACUGUCUGUGCACCAGCUGGUGGAGAACACAGACGAGACCUACUGCAUCGACAACGAAGCUCUGUACGAUAUCUGUUUCCGUACGCUCAAGCUGACCACACCCACAUACGGUGACUUGAACCAUCUGGUCUCAGCCACCAUGAGCGGAGUCACGACUUGCCUUCGCUUCCCCGGGCAGCUGAAUGCUGAUUUGCGCAAACUGGCUGUCAACAUGGUACCAUUCCCACGUCUUCACUUCUUCAUGCCUGGUUUUGCGCCCUUGACCAGCAGGGGGAGUCAGCAGUACCGUGCUCUGUCUGUCCCCGAACUGACGCAGCAGAUGUUCGAUGCCAAGAACAUGAUGGCUGCCUGCGACCCACGCCAUGGCCGUUACCUCACCGUUGCUGCUGUGUUCCGCGGCCGCAUGUCCAUGAAGGAGGUUGAUGAGCAGAUGCUCAACGUCCAAAACAAGAACAGCAGCUACUUUGUGGAAUGGAUCCCCAACAACGUCAAAACAGCCGUGUGCGACAUCCCACCUCGUGGCCUCAAGAUGGCCGCCACCUUCAUUGGCAACAGCACGGCCAUCCAGGAGCUGUUCAAGCGCAUCUCUGAGCAGUUCACUGCCAUGUUCAGGAGAAAGGCCUUCCUCCACUGGUAUACAGGAGAAGGAAUGGAUGAGAUGGAGUUUACCGAGGCCGAGAGCAAUAUGAACGACCUGGUCUCCGAGUACCAGCAGUACCAGGAUGCCACCGCCGAAGAGGGCGAGUUUGAGGAGGAGGGUGAAGAAGAGGCAGCCUAAAUCACUCCGUCUCCAUCUUAUCCUUUUAUGGUUGCUUCUUUUGUGUUUUCUUGUUUCCCCCAUCCCUCCUCUUUUCCUCCCUCAGGUGUUUUGUGAAGGUGUACCUGACCAAGAUAAAAACUCUCAUUGAUGCAUUCUCACUUUGUUUCCUAGAUGUGCUCUCUUGAAGGUAACUUAGUCGGUUCAAGUCAUUGUUGUUUUCCUGUUGUCGGUGAUCCUCGUGGUCUUUCAUACCUAAUCGACUUGUUUUCAAAAAUAAAGUAACCU